AUGGCUGCCAACGAAGAGCGCGACGCCAAGGUUGGCGAUGCCAUUGCCGCCGCCCAGGACCCCGAGAGCAGCACCACCGCCGACGAUGCACAGCGCCAGAUGGUCUCCGAGUCUCGCAAUGCCGGUGUUCCUGCCUUUACCUUUGAUCCCGAUGCCACGCCCGAGCAGAAGCGCGCACAGGCCAGAGCUGCUAUUCCGCAAGAGCUUCGCCAAACACGCCCCGAAAGAUCUGUGGCCGUCGCGACUGACAUGGACGAUGGAACUGCUCCCGUGGAAGACAUGCCCGAAGCCUCUACCAAGGGUGUCCUCGAUGUCGCCAGAGACGCCGACGGCAAGCCAAUUGGCGACGGUGCCGACCCUGGUGCCAAGGAGCCUCCUUAUCUGCGCACUGGAUGGGCCCCCAAGAUGGGCUGGCCCUCGGAAAAGACAUCCGAGUCCGCAAGCUUGCUGGACCACUCGACCUGGCUCGAGGCCAGGCUUCCCGACGCGCUCUAUGGAGAUUGGUAUCACAAUACUGCCAUUGUCAUUCUUGCCUGUAUUACUUCCUGGCUCAUUGCCGUGCUCGGUGGUGGCCUAGGCUGGGUUCUCAUCGUCAUGGCCGCCUGCGCCACCUACUACCGAACUUCUCUGCGCCGCGUCCGCCGAAACUUCCGAGACGACAUUAGCCGUGAAAUGGCUCUCAAGAAGCUUGAGACUGAUAAUGAAUCUCUCGAGUGGAUCAACUCUUUCAUGGUCAAGUUCUGGCCCAUCUACCAGCCCGUCCUCGCCCAGACCAUCAUCAACUCUGUCGACCAGAUCCUUAGCUCCUCUACUCCAGCUUUCCUCGACAGCCUCAAGCUCAAGACUUUUACCCUCGGCUCCAAGCCCCCGCGCAUGGAGCAUGUCAAGACCUAUCCCAAAACUGAGGAUGACAUCGUCAUGAUGGACUGGAAGUUCAGCUUCACCCCCAACGAUACCGCCGAUCUUACCGCCCGCCAAGUCAAGAACAAGAUCAACCCCAAGGUUGUUCUCGAAAUUCGCAUCGGAAAGGCCAUGAUUAGCAAAGGCCUUGACGUUAUUGUCGAGGACAUGGCCUUUUCUGGUAUCAUGCGUCUCAAGAUCAAACUGCAGAUUCCAUUCCCUCACGUUGACCGUGUUGAAAUGUGCUUCCUCGGACGUCCCGAAAUCGACUACGUUUGCAAGCCUCUCGGUGGCGAGACUUUUGGUUUCGACAUCAACUUCAUUCCCGGUCUUGAGAGGUUCAUCCUCGAUCAGAUCCACGGCACCCUUGGCCCCAUGAUGUACGAGCCCAAAGUUUUCCCUAUUGAGGUCGCCAAGAUGCUCGCUGGUACUCCUGUUGACCAGGCUCUUGGUGUUUUGGCCGUCACCCUCCACGGUGCCCAGGGCCUCAAGAACACGGACAAGCUCGGUGGCACUGUCGAUCCCUACGCCGUCAUCACCUUCAACCGCCGCCAGGAACUCGCCAGAACCAAACACAUCCAAGACAACGCCAAUCCUCGCUGGAACGAGACUCACUAUCUCAUUGUCACGUCCUUCUCAGACUCUCUCGAUAUUCAAGUCUUUGACAAGAACGAUUUUCGUAAAUCCAAAGAACUCGGUGUCGCCACGUUUGCCAUGGAGAAUCUCGAGGAGCUUAACGUGCACGAGAAUGAGCGCAUCGAGGUCCUUGCCGACGGCAAAGCCCGUGGUAUAGUCAACUGCGAUUUGCGAUUCUUUCCUGUUCUGGCCGAGAAGAAGCUCGAAGAUGGCACUGUUGAGCCUGCGCCGGAAUCUAACCAGGGUAUUCUCCGAUUCACUGUUGAACAGGCCAAGGAUCUUGAUGGCACCAAGAGUCUUGUCGGCAGCCUGAACCCCUACGCCGAUCUGCUACUAAACGGCAAGCAUAUCCACCAGACCAAGAAGCUGAAGCGUACCAACAACCCAAUCUGGGACAACGGCUCCAAGGAAAUUCUCAUCACUGACCGCAAGUCCGCCAAGCUCGGUGUCAUCGUCAAGGAUGACCGAGAUCUUGCUGGCGAUCAGGUUGUCGGCAAGUACCAGAUCAAGCUGGACGAAAUGCUCGACUGCAUGGAGCAGGGCAAGGAGUGGUACAGCUUGGCUGGUGUUCCUACCGGCCGCGUCAAGAUGAUGGCUCAGUGGCGACCUGUCGCCAUAUCUGGUGUUGCUGGAACUGGCGGCUACCAGACUCCUAUUGGUGUCAUGCGCCUGCACUUCAAGCGCGCCAGUGACCUCCGUAACUUCGAGGCCUUUGGCAAAUCUGACCCCUACGUCCGUGUUUUGCUCUCUGGUAUCGACAAGGGUAAAACGGUCACCUUCAGAAACGACCUGAACCCUGAGUGGGACGAGGUUCUGUACGUCCCUGUCCACUCCGAGCGCGAGAGACUUACUCUUGAGGUCAUGGAUCUGGAAAAGGUUGGCAAGGAUCGCAGCCUGGGUCUGACUGAGCUGGCUGUCGGUGAUUUCAUUCAGCUGAACGAACUCGGCGAACACCUGGUGCACGACAAGAAGGAUGACCGCGAAGCUGCCCUCCGCAUCCACGGUAAGGGCGUCCCCAAGGGAGCGCUUCACUACACGGCCGCUUUCUACCCCUGCCUCAACAUUGCGGAUCCUGAAGAGGAAGAGGAAGAAAAGGAGGCUGCUGAGAAGGCCAACGGCGAUGCCACCAAGGACGUCCCGGACAAGACUGCUACCGCAGCCGGGCACACCAAGGGCAAGCCAAGUGUUGACACUAUCAAAUCGGUCAAGUCUGCCAAGAAUGCUUCCAGCCUCAACGGCGAUGCUGAAAAGGAGACUGGUCCUCCCAAGAUCCACAUGACCCCCGAACAGCUACUCAGAGAAGAGAGUGGUCUGCUCAUCUUCCGCCUUCUCGAUGCUGAAAUGCCCGACGCCCCUAGCCAUCUGGAAGUCUGGGUUGACGACUACAUGUACCCUGCAUACACCACAAACAGCACAUCUACCAAAAUCUGCAAGUUUGAUGAAAUUGGUGACUGCGUCAUUCGCGAACUCGACUUUUCCCGCCUUACGCUCAAGGCCAGAAAGAAGGGCGACGGCGACGAACAUGUUCUGGCAUCUCUGGCUGGCAACACGCUAGAUACUUUGAAGCAGUGUCUCAACAACCCCACAAUCCUCAAGCUCAAGUCCGAGGACGGCAAGACCGGCUCUGUCAAGGUCAGCCUCAAGUACAUCCCCAUCAAGAUGAAGCUGGACCCCAGUGAGAGUAUCAACAACAUGGGCAACCUUCGAGUUGAUAUUUUGGAUGGCGCCGACCUGCCUUCCGCUGACCGCAACGGGAAAAGUGAUCCUUAUUGCAGAUUCGAGCUCAACGGCCAGGAUAUCUUCAAGACCAAAAUCAUUAAGAAGACCCUCAGUCCUACUUGGAAUGAAUACUUUGAGGUCCCGGUUCCUUCGCGAACAGCUGCCAAAUUCAAGUGUACUGUUUGGGAUUACGACUUUGCCGACAAGCCUGAUCUUCUCGGUAGUACGGACGUCAAUCUAGCCCAGCUGGAGCCUUUCAAGGCUUACGAGUCUCAGUACCCUCUGGACGGCAAGUCUGGUAGCGUGCGCAUCCGCAUGCUCUUCCGUCCCGACUACGUAACCCGCCAGAGACAAGGUACCUCAUCAUUCGCUGGCACCUUUGGCGCGCCCACUCGUAUCGUCACUGGCGUUGCUGGUGCUCCCAUCAAAGGCGGUGUAGCGGUUGCUGGAGUUGUCGGCCAUGGUGUCGGCAAGGGCGCGUCCUUUGUGCGCCGCGGUCUCUUUGGAAAGAAGGACAGCAACGGCACUGUUGUCGAGGUUGCCGAGCCUGUUGACGGUGCCGACGUCGCUGUAGCCCCUCCAGGUGGUGGUCUCAGGAAGGCGCCCACGCUCGAUGCGGCUGCCCGCAGAGAUGUGACACCUACUCCUGGUGGCAACCCGUCGAUGCCUAUCCCGUCGAUUGAGACUCCAAGCCCCGCACACAGACGCGCUCCUAGCAUUGGUGCUUCUUCUAUACAGAGUGGCAUGCCAGGUGCACCCAGCGGGAACGCCGUCUUCACGGUCGUCAGCGCCUCUGGCUUCCCUAGCUCGACUGAUCUCUACAUCGCCGUAACACAGGUCUCGCCAAAGGAGAAGUCUGUUGGUAAGACGAAGCACUCCAAGUCCUCUACGGGCGAGUGGACUUUCGACGAGGAGUUCAAGUUCAGCUGCGCUGCCGACUCUCAGUUCAAGGUCGAGGUCAAAGGCAAGCACACCUUUGGCAGCGACGACGAUCUUGGAGACCACCCUUACUUUGUGGACGAGACUGGCGCUGGUCCCAAGGAGCUUACGAUUGGCGGCGGCACCGUGGUGAUCAAGAGCUCGUUCCAGGCUGCCGACACUGCUAGCAUCAGAGGCAGCCCACGUUCGUCUAGCAUCCGCAGAAGCAUGCUUCUGAAGCGCGGCGAGUCGUCGCGUAUCAGCCGGGAGACCACACCGAACCCUUAA